UCCGUCAUGCUGUAUUAAAGUCUUUCACGUAUUUUAGUGUCCUUUUCCGUUCCUUGUCUUAUAAGCAUUGCUUGAAUUAACCAUUAUACCAAAUAGCAUAAUUGGUGUGAGAACGGGAGUCGCUUUAUUGCUUUUUAGUAUAGCGGUAAUAAUAAUUAAUUCGUGAUUGCAAAACGAUGUGAUGAUUUUUUCAGAAUUUUGUGAAAGGGAUUCCACUCGUAAACUUUCCAUGUGUAUGCACGCACUCGCCAUCCGGAAAAUCACUGUACUGCAAGAAACACACCCACCUGGACCGCCAUACCGAGAAGGAAACCGAUAACAUUACAAUACACAUGGCAGGAGUGUCCAGAGCUAUGCAGGCAAAAGCAACGAGUGACAUCAACUCAAUUCUGAGCGGUGAAAUGGAUACUGAGACACCGGACAGCGAUUGUCGAAAGUUUGAUCCGAAUGCCGGAUGCAAGAAAAACAAAGGAGAAAACCAGCGCGGGCACCUGUACAGCCGAGGAUAUCUUUUCCUUGUGGGUCCAACAGGCCACAUUUUUAGCUUUGCCCCAAUCUACAGGGCUGAAAGCCUUGGACAAGUUUACUUAUUCGUCGUCAGCGCGCUUUACGAUUUGCUGCAAAAUGUUGCGCCGGAAGAAUGGGAGAACAUUUUUGUGUGCUACGAUAACAUCUGUCAGCUCAACAGACUUAAAGCCGCAAGCGCUCCUCUUCCUUUUCCGGAACCAUUUGACCAAAUCUGGAACCGUGUGUCGAAAAUUGUGGACGGGCUUCAUAUUCAAAACCACAAGGAUCCCAGAUGCAAAGAGAAGUACCAUCCUGAUAAGUAUUUGAAGAGUCAUCCUACCGCCACUGAACGAAACACCAUGGCAGCAGAACAGACAUUUUCCUGGAUCGCCAAGUUCAAGAAGCAAUUAAAUGCAAUGAACAAGGCAAGGCAGUUUUUCUUUAUCCACCGAAUGAUAGUGCGAAGAAACGACUACAUGUCUCACUGUGUGGCGAAAAAUAGCCGACCUGUAGGUGGUACGAUGCGCACGUUUAAAGAAAAAUGA